CUUUGUUACAUAUUUAUUUAGAUACCUCAUAACUACUUAAAACCACGGAAAGAAAGAAAAAAGAAAAAGAAGCAAUACAUACGAAAAUGCUUAAAAUUAAUGAAGAUGCGGCUUCAUAGAUAGCCAAUAAGAUCAAAAGUCCAAAUUCAAUUUGUGCACAAGCCAACUGACAUGUGAAUAUUCCAAGGAACUUUGCUCCAGUAAAUUUUUACCAUUAGCCUUUGAGACAAGAAAAAGGCAAGAACCCAAUUCAACUUGUGCACUUCAAGUGACACACAAGAAUUUGCCAAGAAGCUAAGCAUUUGGAACACUAGACAAUUUACCUUUGCCUUUUUGCAAUAUGUAUAUGGAGCACUUUUGCAACUUGCCUUCACAGCCACGACAGGACCAUACCUUGACCCCCACCCCAAAGAAAACAGACCCCUUAAGAAAUACUACUAUAAAUUCAAGCCCCUAAACUGCAUCUCAUUCUAUAGUAAGAAAUAAGAAUUCUUGCAGUGGUGUAAUUAAAAUACUACUACUGGCCUCACUAGUCUUUUGGCCAUAGUAGCAAAACACUUGUUUUAGUACUGCAUUUCAAAUUUAAACUAUAAUGGUCUUCUCUGCUGGACAAUCUUAUGCAGUUUCAACAAAUUUUGAUCCCUUGAAACAAAAUUUAUGGGGUUCUAAGCCUUAUAUUUCAUCAGUUUCCAUCAAGGAAAUCAACUUGAGACAAUGUGAAAAGCCCAACAUCUUGUCCAGAAAACCUCUCUAUAUUUCAGCAGUACUAAGUGGAUUUGGACGUGCUGAUGAAUCAAAAGUGUCCAAAUCUAGGGACCCUUUAGUCCAGUGCAAUGCAUAUGAAGCGAGUCGGCCGCAAUCGAUACCAAUCAACAUUGAGUUUGGACAAGAAGCUCAGACUGCUGCUGCUCAGAAGCUCAAGAUUGGGCUCUAUUUUGCAAUAUGGUGGGCAUUGAAUGUUGUUUUCAAUAUCUACAACAAAAAGGUGUUGAAUGCCUUUCCAUUUCCAUGGCUUACUUCUACUCUUUCUCUGGCUGCUGGUUCUCUCAUGAUGUUGGUUUCUUGGGUUACCAAGAUUGCUGAAGCUCCAAAAACUGACUUUGCUUUUUGGAAAGCCUUGUUUCCUGUUGCUGUGGCUCACACAAUUGGGCAUGUGGCUGCAACAGUGAGCAUGUCAAAAGUUGCAGUUUCAUUCACUCACAUAAUCAAGAGUGGAGAGCCUGCUUUCAGCGUUUUGGUUUCAAGAUUGUUGGGUGAAACUUUCCCAUUGCCAGUUUACCUUUCACUUUUGCCAAUUAUUGGUGGUUGUGGUCUUGCUGCUAUUACAGAACUCAACUUCAACCUAACAGGUUUUAUGGGGGCAAUGAUAUCCAACUUGGCAUUUGUAUUCAGAAACAUCUUCUCAAAGAAAGGCAUGAAGGGGAAUUCAGCUGGAGGGAUGAAUUACUAUGCUUGUCUUUCAAUGAUGUCUCUUUUUAUUCUGACUCCCUUUGCUAUUGCUAUGGAGGGUCCACAAGUAUGGGCACUUGGAUGGCAGAAUGCAGUCUCCCAAAUUGGCCCAAAUUUUAUAUGGUGGGUGGUGGCCCAAAGUGUGUUCUAUCACUUGUACAAUCAAGUCUCCUACAUGUCCCUAAAUGAGAUCUCCCCAUUGACAUUUAGCAUAGGUAAUACUAUGAAGAGAAUUUCUGUCAUAGUCUCAUCCAUCAUCAUCUUUCAAAUUCCAAUUCAACCAGUUAAUGCCCUUGGUGCUGCCAUUGCAAUCUUGGGAACUUUCCUUUACUCACAGGCUAAACAGUAACCAAAAAUCAGCGAGUUCUAUGAAAAGAAAAAAGAGGGACUUACACUUGCUGCUUUCAAGGAAUCAAAGAAUGUACCUAACACUUGUUGUAGAUGAAUAUUAUCAUAUUAUCAACUUGUGACUAUUAUCCGGAUCGUUUUUUUCCUUAGCAAAUGACUAGAGGCAUGGCAGAAUUGACGUGGAAAAUGGUAAGUCUCAGUGGUUCAUGACAGAGACAUAAGAUCCUGAGUGAAUGAAUAUGCCUUUUGAGUAAUUCAAAAUGUCAAGAAAACCACUAAAACUGCCUCUUCCUAGCUGCAAUUCCCGUCCAAGAAUUUGUGUUCACCUUUAUGCUGUGAAUUAAUAUGACAAUAUUGUAUGCCUUCGUGCCAUAAACUGUAAAGUUUGGUCUGCUUGGUUCGAGUUAUGAAAUAAACCAAUUUUCUACACAAA